UUUCUUUCGCGAGCCCAGUUCCCAUCCUCGCUCGGGAGUGUCUCUUCUCUUCUUAACAACUCGUCCUCACGUCUUCGCCUCUCUUCCCGUCUCUCUCAAAUUUCUCCCUCUCUUCUCGAUUCGCGCUUCAGCUACCGGAUUCAUUCGAUCGAGCCGGAACUGCCUUUCCUAUUGCUUCAUCCUUCACCGUUACUCAUGACUAUGAUGACUCCUCCGCCGCUGGAUCAAGAAGACGAGGAGAUGCUAGUGCCGCAUUCAGAUUUAGUCGAAGGUCCUCAGCCAAUGGAAGUGGCAACAGUGGAGCCUGCUGCUAAUACAGUGGAGACUCAGCCAGUGGAGGAACCUCCUCCGUCACUCAAAUUCACGUGGACAAUUGAGAAUUUCACAAGGUUGAACACGAAGAAACACUAUUCUGAUACAUUCGUUGUUGGCGGUUACAAAUGGCGCAUUCUCGUCUUUCCCAAGGGAAAUAAUGUCGACCACCUGUCGAUGUAUUUGGAUGUUGCUGAUUCUUCUACAUUGCCCUAUGGCUGGAGUCGCUAUGCACAAUUCAGCUUGGCUGUGGUGAAUCAAAUUCACAACAAGUACUCAAUCAGAAAAGAUACUCAACACCAGUUCAAUGGAAGGGAGAGUGACUGGGGUUUCACAUCAUUUAUGCCCCUCAGUGAUCUUUAUGAUCCUAGUAGGGGAUAUCUUGUGAAUGAUACUGUACUUAUUGAAGCUGAAGUUGUUGUUCGGAAGGUUCUGGAUUAUUGGUCUUAUGACUCUAAGAAAGAAACAGGUUAUGUAGGUCUAAAGAAUCAGGGAGCAACGUGUUACAUGAACUCCCUUCUACAAACCUUGUACCAUAUUCCAUACUUUAGAAAGGCUGUAUACCACAUGCCAACAACUGAGAAUGACAUGCCUACCGGAAGCAUUCCUUUGGCUCUGCAGAGUCUGUUCUAUAAGCUUCAAUAUAAUGAUACCAGUGUUGCAACCAAGGAAUUGACAAAAUCAUUUGGAUGGGAUACUUAUGAUUCUUUCAUGCAGCAUGAUGUCCAAGAACUCAAUAGAGUAUUAUGUGAGAAGUUGGAAGAUAAAAUGAAGGGAACUGUCGUGGAGGGCACAAUCCAGAAGCUAUUUGAGGGUCACCAUAUGAACUACAUUGAGUGCGUGAAUGUGGACUACAAAUCUACAAGGAAGGAGUCCUUUUAUGAUCUGCAGCUUGAUGUAAAAGGCUGCAAGGAUGUUUAUGCAUCAUUUGACAAGUAUGUGGAAGUUGAACAACUUGAGGGUGACAACAAGUACCAUGCUGAAGAACAUGGUCUACAGGAUGCAAAGAAAGGUGUCCUAUUUGUUGACUUCCCGCCUGUUCUUCAACUGCAACUAAAACGCUUUGAGUAUGAUUUUUUGCGGGACACCAUGGUAAAGAUCAAUGAUCGGUAUGAAUUUCCUCUUCAACUUGAUCUUGAUAGAGAAGAUGGCAAAUAUUUGUCGCCAGAUGCUGACAGGAGUGUUCGUAAUCUGUACACUCUUCAUAGUGUAUUGGUUCAUAGUGGAGGGGUGCAUGGAGGGCAUUAUUAUGCUUUUAUCAGACCUACUCUAUCAGAUCAAUGGUACAAAUUUGAUGAUGAACGUGUGACAAAAGAAGACGUGAAGAGGGCACUAGAAGAACAGUAUGGUGGCGAGGAAGAGCUGCCACAGACCAAUCCAGGAUUCAAUAACGCGCCUUUUAAGUUCACAAAAUACUCGAAUGCGUAUAUGCUUGUCUAUAUACGUGAAAGUGACAGAGACAAGAUUAUCUGCAAUGUGGAUGAAAAGGACAUUGCGGAGCACUUGAGAAUAAGAUUGAAGAAAGAGCAAGAAGAAAAGGAAGACAAGAAAAGAUAUAAAGCACAGGCUCACCUCUAUACCAUCAUAAAGGUUGCCAGAGAUGAGGAUCUCAAAGAGCAGAUUGGUAGAGACCUAUAUUUUGACCUUGUGGACCAUGAUAAAGUUCGUAGUUUCCGCAUACAGAAACAGACACCAUUCAGCUUGUUUAAGGAGGAAGUUGCCAAGGAAUUUGGUAUACCAGUACAAUUUCAGCGGUUCUGGAUAUGGGCAAAGCGUCAAAACCAUACAUACCGUCCCAAUCGGCCAUUUCUGUCACAAGAGGAAGGACAAUCGGUUGGACAGCUGAGGGAGGUGUCAAAUAAGACGCACAAUGCAGAACUAAAGUUGUUUCUGGAAGUAGAACUGGGGCUGGAUUUACGGCCAAUUGCUCCACCUGACAAAACCAAGGAAGACAUUCUUCUCUUCUUCAAGUUCUACGACCCUGAGAAAGGAGAAUUAAGAUAUGUAGGUAGACUUUUUGUGAAGAGCACUAGUAAACCAAUAGAAAUUCUGGCAAAGCUCAAUCAAAUGGCUGGCUUUGCUCCUGAAGAAGAAAUUGAACUCUAUGAGGAAAUAAAAUUUGAGCCUUCAGUAAUGUGUGACCGCCUUGACAAGAGAACCUCAUUUCGGCUUAGUCAGAUUGAAGAUGGAGAUAUAAUCUGUUUCCAGAAAUCUCUUGUUGAGAACGAGGAGGAAUUUCAAUAUCCGGAUGUGACUUCGUUUCUGGAAUAUGUUCACAAUCGGCAGGUAGUUCAUUUCCGAUCUCUGGAAAAACCGAAAGAGGAUGAUUUCUGCCUGGAAUUGUCUAAGUUACAUACUUAUGAUGAUGUUGUGGAGCGAGUGGCUCGCCAAAUUGGCUUGAAUGACCCCUCAAAAAUCAGAUUAACAUCUCACAACUGCUACUCUCAGCAGCCUAAACCUCAACCAAUUAAGUACAGAGGAGUUGAUCGCUUGUCAGAUAUGUUAGUCCACUAUAAUCAGACCUCUGAUAUCUUGUAUUACGAAGUUCUGGACAUUCCUCUUCCGGAAUUGCAAGGUUUAAAGAAUCUAAAAGUUGCUUUCCAUCAUGCUACUAAAGAGGAGGUUGUAAUCCAUAAUAUCAGAUUGCCUAAACAGAGUACGGUUGGUGAUGUAAUUAAUGAACUUAAAACUAAGGUCGAGUUGUCUCACCCAAAUGCAGAACUUAGGCUGAUUGAAGUUUUCUAUCACAAGAUAUACAAGACUUUUCCACCCAGUGAAAAAAUUGAGAACAUCAAUGAUCAAUACUGGACAUUGCGCGCAGAAGAGAUCCCGGAGGAUGAGAAAAAUAUUGGUCCACAGGAUCGGUUGAUUCAUGUCUAUCACUUCACAAGGGAUACUGCACAGAAUCAAAUGCAAAUACAGAAUUUUGGGGAACCAUUUUUCUUGGUCAUCUAUGAUGGGGAGACCUUAGCUGACAUUAAAGUGCGCAUACAAAAGAAGUUGCAAGUUUCUGAUGAAGACUUUGCCAAGUGGAAAUUUGCUUUCCUAUCUCUGGGUCGCCCAGAAUAUUUGAACGAUGCAGAUGUUUUAUUCGCCCGGUUUCAGAGGAGAGAUGUUUAUGGUGCGUGGGAGCAGUACCUUGGACUAGAGCACCCGGAUACCACACCAAAGAGGCCUCAUACGGCAAAUCAGAACCGUCACACAUACGAGAAGCCAGUUAAAAUCUACAAUUAGCCAAGGGAGGAUACAAGGGUUGGGCGAAAACUAUAUGUGAUGAAUGGAUGGGAUGUCUUAUGUUAUGUGCCUCUGACCAACGGAAAACAACCACGUUUUGGUGAUUUCCCCCCUGACCUCAAGGGUGCGAGCAGCAGUAUGCUAUGCAGUGGGAUGGAAGUGAAAGUUUCAGCUUUUGCGUUUUCUUGCUGAGCAGCUGUGAUGUUACCCCAGAUGGAGUAAAUAGGAACAGAGGAUGCGAGGAUGUCUCCCAUAGUCCCAUUGGUGUAGUGUGUGCUUUUCCUUCUGUCUUUGUUCCUUGGAAGUGAUAUAAAUUGUUGAUAGAUGAUGACACUCUGCCCGAGCCUCCACCAUAAUUUCGUUGUUCCAGAGCUAGGGCUUCUCCUUUUUGGAUGGGGAGAAUGGUGGGAGGUACUUAGUCACUCGCUCACCCUUUCCAGACAUCACAGCUACUAGUGUAAUUUAGUUGGUAUAUAAAUUUUUUAAAAAGCAAGAUUUUGACUUAGUUGACGCAGGGAUGGGAGGGUUGUAUACUUGGUAUAAUUGUAUUGAGAUUUGAGAGCUUCACACUCUUAUUCUUUAACCUUCAGUUUAAGUUAGUCUUUUUCCUCACUUGAGCUGACGCUUGUAUUGCUCUCCCAUAACCCCGUUUUCACGAUUUAGGCU